CCACUGAACUAUGAAGUUGGACCGGAAGAACUUUUAAUUUGAGCAAUGUAGUUUCCUUAUUCACGUGUAGAUAAAGAAGGAUGAGGUUGUCAUGAAAAAAAGAAACAUCACAUGUGAUUCACGUGUGGACGAAGGACAAACUUGUCAUAUGAAGAGCACAUGCUUUCUUUUCUGUUUUAGUAAUUUAUUAAAAGUGACUGAUUGUAACCAUUAAGAGACUACACGUAAUAGUUUAAAUCAAGAGUUUAUAUGCCCAGAUUUAGGUAGUUUGUUCAAUUUUUUCUUUCGUUUUAAGAAAAAGUUAGCUUAGGCUGACUUUGAUGCUGACUGUAAACAAAGGAUCCAAAGAUUUGUGUUUAUGGAAAAAAGGCACAUGAUUUUCGCCAAUUGAGAGAAAUUUUGGUAAAGUUUUGAAUGAAGAAAAUGUGGAUGAACCAAAUAAUUUGUAGGGAGAAGAGAAAAACUAGGAAGAAAUCAAAUAAACUCAGGAAGUCUCAGAUGCUCCUACAACUUCUCUUUGCCAAAAAGAAGCAAGAAACAAGAAACAAGAAGGAGAUGUAUCAUAUAGCAACCAAAAGCAAUCUUGUUGAUUCAGGUCUUCAAACAGAUCAACUCGGUUUCAAAGACAACAAUAGCCUCCCUCUUUGUCCCAAGCCACGUCGUCUCGAACCUGUCAUCCCGAGUUUCCUCGCCCCUCUCGGAUGUGCUCAUCACGUUCAUAGCCAAUCAAGUGGCGAUACGAGGAGUGGGAUUCUCAAUAUCAUCGCAGGAAAGCAUGUUGAAGGGAGAGAUUGUUUGUGCUCUGGUUGCUACCCGUCGUGUUAUUCGGGUUCUCCGCCGGGAAGAACGGAGAAUCCAUUGGUUCACGACGUGUAUUUUCUUCAUCAAAUGGAGAUUCAUUCACCAUUUUCAAGGACCAAUCUCUCAGAUAAGUUCAGCCUGACCUCUGCCUCACCUACAUGAACAGAACAAAGAAGCCAUUGCAGGAGUGGAUAAAGAUAUAUUGGCUGUUUUAUCAUUUAUGUAGAUUUUGUUAGUGAGUUUACAUUUUUUUUUUUCUUUUGAAGCAAAUAGUGAGUUUACUUACUUGUACAAUCUUCAUUUAUUGAUUUUUGGGUCUUCAUAAUUGUAAAUACAAAG